AUGGCUACCGUCGUCUACGGACUGCAUGCAUUCGAUGCAGAGAACCCAGACGAGAUAUCAUUCAUCGCGGGGGAGAGGAUAGACGUGGUCGAGCGAGACGACCAGUACAAUGAUGGCUGGUGGCAGGGUCGCAACGCCGCCGGUCAAGUCGGCCUAUUCCCAUUCUCCUAUACAACAGUAGACGCUCCUACACCGGCGCCGGCAGCGGCAACGACGGCGUCGCCUCGCAAGUCUGACGCUGUCGAGCGGUCGCCAGCGGGCCUGCCGGCACCGCUCAAUGCGCAAGCGCUGAGCUCAAACAAGCCGCUUCCUGUACCCUCGGCUGACUCUUUCCCGAUGUCAGUCAGCUCGACGGAAGAGUCAUUGCCCGCCCUGGCGAGUAGCACUGGUGCGCUUGAUCGUAGCGGUCCUCGAACGAGUUCAGAGGCGACACCAAUCCCAAAAUCAAGCGCCAAACUCGGCUUCCCUCUGCCGACAGAUUAUGCCAACGAUACCCCGCCGGCGAAGGAGAAGACGGAAGCCGAAGCUCUGUCUGCCAGGUCAGGAAGCGAAUUGCCACGCUCGGCAGAUCACGUCGACUCGCCUAUCAUGCAGGGCACGAUGACAGAAGUUCAAAAGGCCAUUGCUGAGCUGCGCUCACCUCCCGCUUCAGCCGCAAACGGGCCCGGCCGGCCGCGCAAAGGCACCAAUGAGACGACAGAGAGCAGCGUUAUAUCCAGCCGCGACGAAGAUGCUAGUGACGCAGACUCAGAGUAUGAAGCGGGACCACGUAACCGCGCCAAGCUAGCCGAGCGUGCUCAGGCUGAUCUACGGCGACAAGAGGAAAUCGCACGAGAGCGGCAGGCCGCAAAGGACCGCGAGGACGAAGCAAUACGUGCUCAAGCGGCCAACAAGAGGCGAGAAGGUCAAGCCGUCUUGCCAAUUGAAGGCCUGCAGCUUAGCGAUGAUUCUGGUGACGAGGGUGAUGAGUCGCCUGUCAUCCCUCGACCAGUGCCAGCCUCGGCAGCGCCAGGUAGUGAGCACACGGGCUACGGCCUCGCAGCUGCAGGCGCAGCAGGCCUACUGGCAGCGACCUCUGGCGCGGCUGUCCUGGGCGCGGCUGCCAUAGGAGCUGGUGCAUAUGUCGCCGGGCAGACUGCUGAGCCCGCGGACACGACCAAGCCCACACAAGACAAUGCUGCUUCAGGCACAUCAGACGCGGCAGCAAGAGCUCAAGCCGGCUCACGUGCCAUCUCUUACUCCGAAAGGGCUCAGCCUACAUAUGCCGAGCAAGGCAUGCCGCAACACUUGUCAGCAUCUAUGCCGGCAAAGCCGUACGGCACCGCCAAUCAGACACAUGCGCUAGGUUUGGCGGGCACCACGGGCGGCUCGAGUUUGGUUCACGCCGUCGGCAACGGGACCAUGUCUGCUAUGACAUCAGAAGACAGUAGGCGAGAUUCUCAGCCAGGAGCAUUCGGCAAUGGUCAGGCAUCCGGCAUGGCCGCAUCAGGCGGUAUGCAAGUCGGCGGCGCAUCUUCGCAGAACGGGAUGUCGAAGAUGCAGGGACAACACCGCCCAGAUGACCCUCGAGACUGGACGGUCGACCAAGUUGUCGAAUGGGGCGCCUCGAAACGACUGGACGCUUUCACGCUCGAAAAGCUGCGGGAACACGAGAUCACUGGAGACGUACUGCUUGAACUCGACAAAGAUACACUUGUACAGAUGGACCUGCGCGCAUUGGGACCACGCAUGAGACUUUCGAGAGGCAUCCAAGAGCUCAAAGAGGCUCUCGCAUCGCCCAAUGCGUCUCUCUUCAUGGCCUCUCAGGGUCGAUCGGACAGCGGGGGCCUUGCAUCGACGCAUAUGCAGUCACUAGGCUCGAACAUGACGGCAGGACACUCUAUUGAUACCCAGCGUCAGCUCAAUGGCGGCUAUGCCGCCCCCAGUAUGGCCCCUAGCACCACUGCCGGCAACAGCGAGCUCUAUAUCGUGCCUUCGCCCCAAGAUCUCCGGACGCGAGAACCCACGCACUCUCGAGAGCCUUCGGUACGCGCUACAGAGCCCGCUUCGCAACCUGCAUCACGGCCUGUCUCUACGGGUCAAGCGUUGAGCUCGGCGCUGGCUUCGCCUGCGCUACAUCACAAGACACCGGGAGGAUCGGUGGAUACAUUCGAUACCGCAGACGAGCAGCCGACGGAGCUUUCGCCAAGGUCGAUACCGUCGACAACCACGACGGACACGGCAGCUGCGACAGCUUCGACUCUGAGGCAUGUCAAAUCAGACCCUCGUGUCACGACAGACAAUGCGAGCGAGCGAUCCGGAACACCCACGAAUGACCUCAAGAGAUCUUCGUCGAGCACCAAGGGAUUCUUGGGUACAGUCUUGCGGCCAGGUCGAAAAGCACCGCCUGCUGCCGGCAGUAUCAGCUCGCUCGAAGGCGUGCAGCCUGACACUGUCAGCGCGACGAGCGGCUCGCCAACGAGCAAGGGAAUCAGGCCGCCGAAACGUUCCACCCGCUUGUUCGGCUUUGGUCAACAGCCGAUACCUGCCGAGCCGGAACGGGCUCGACCGAUGAUAUCGAAUCCGUUAGAGGCUAAUAACGGCCUUGCAUCUGUCGGCGAAGACGGCGAGCCCAGCUCAACACCUCGUAGCCCGCCCGCCACCAAGCCACUUUCGCCAGCGCCAGCACCGCCGCCUAAGACGAACUCGGACACUAGCAUCUUCCGGUCCGCGAAUGCGUUAAAGCAGAUCGGCGUGCCAGAUCACUCUGGCUGGAUGCUGAAACGAGGGCGUCAGUACAAUAUGGCCAAAUUGCGCUACUUUGUCCUCAAAGGCCAGGACCUAUAUUACCUCAAAUCCGAUCAAGAGCGGAAGAUCAAGGGCUGGAUACAUCUUGUCGGCUACAAAGUCUUGUCGGAUAGCGACUUUUCUGGCGGACGGUUCGGCUUCAAGAUUCUGCACGAAAGCAAGCCUGCACACCACUUUGGAUCUGACGACCCGAGCGUGAUCCGUACAUGGAUGAAGGCGCUCAUGAAGGCCACCAUCUCUCGCGAUUUCUCCCAGCCCAUCAUUACCUCCUCACACAUUGCUACGAUGUCGCUGGCAGAGGCGCAAGCGAUGAACCCGCCGAUCAGGCCGCCCUCUCCUAGCCAGCGUGCACAGAUCCAGAAGGCUCACUAUACGACGAAUCCGAAUACGCUGACGCCAAAGGAUGCAGAGAUACUGAUGUCGCUCAGCAAGCCAACGCCCGCGCCGCCGAUCAAGAAUGCGUCGCGCAAGCGACAGAGCCAAGCUGGAUCAGUCAUCUCACCCCAGAGCUCGACGUUUGGCAUUUCGCAAGUCGCAGAGCAACAGGGCGGCCAGCCGGGCCGGCCGACACGGCGGAGACCGAGUCAGCAGAGCGAAUCGCCCAUUGUACAGCGACGACUAUCCUCGUUACACUCGCCCGCCAAUGCAGAUGAAGGGCUCAUCGACUGGGCCAAUUCGCAUCUGCCUGCAGAUUCUCCCCUGGCGGUCAAUCUGGGAUCCUCUUUCCAAUCCGGUCAGCUUCUCACACGACUCAUGGAAACGCUCUCUGGCAAAUCGCUUCAUAUUGACGAAGCUCGCUUCCAUGCUGCGAACAACGAGAUGGAUCUUGACCUCUGGCUGGACAUCUUCGACCUGCUCAUUGCGAGCGGUGUCGAUGUCAAGGACAUCAGUCCUGCCGACGUUAUGCACGGUGAUCGGGCAAAGAUCAGCAAGCUGGUCGGCUCAAUCAAAGACACUUAUUCGACUUGA